GGGGACUGCUUGUGUGUCGCUGUCACGGCUUUCUUCAGCUUCUCCAUUCUCCAUUCUGCAUUCUUCCAAUCCGCCGUGGUUCGUUGACCGAGUCGUCGGUCAUUUGGUCAUUGGGUCAUUGGAUCAUUGGGUCUUUUGGUUCUCGGUCUCUCUACCACCAACCAACCAACCAACCAACUAACCACUCAUUUGGUCCUUCAUCUCAUCUCUCUUCACUUCCAUCUCUUCCCUUUCCUUCCUCCUCUUCCACGUUCCACGAUCGAUCUCGGACGUGAACCCUCCAAUUCACCGGACCAAUCUCGACGGCCACCUGCCACCUGCCAUCUGCCGCUUCUCUGCUAGUCAUCGGCGGCUGGAACCUCCCCCGUCCUGUGCUCUCGUUUUCCUGUUGUUCCUCCCCCCCCCAUUAUUCUGGCCCGGUCCAUCUGCAACUCUUUCCCAUAUUUUCUCAUCUUCAAUUUCCACCUUCAACUUGCACUCUCUCCCUUGCACCCUCUCCUCGUCCCAUCCCUCCCACCCCCGGAAUUCCCAGCCGAAGCCGUCACCGCACUUCGGAAGACCCGUUCGCCCCCUUUCUACUUUCGGCGCUCUCUCGGUCUAACUAAACUUCCCACCCUCCGCACUUUUUCGAGGUCCGGCUUUUCGUGUUCACGUUCCUGGGAGCUCCAUCUGGUCUCCGCCGCCCAGAGCCUCCACUUUUGAUUUUCACCUUCCCUCGCGGAAGCCCGCCUCAUUCCCACCCCCCAUUUCUGGCAUGUUCGCGGCACUUGACUGGUCGCACAUGUAAUCAUGUCACAACCGGACUUGACAUCGCAUCAUGUCAACUACCUAAUAUGGCGGUACCUUCAAGAAUCAGGUCAUGGCGAUGCUGCCGUAUCACUGCAGCGCGCAUGGUAUCCCGACCCCCAGGCGCUUCCCUUUGCGCGCCACAUUAAAACCCAUGCGCUAGUGUCGCUGGUCCAGAAAGGUCUGCAGUACCACGAGCUCGAGUCCUCUAUUGACAAGGACGGCAAUCCAACUACUUUAACACCUGCCAACUACUUUUUUGGACCGGAGCCAUUCGAAGUGAGCACUCUGAAAAGCCGCGAUGAGGCGAGCGCAGAUCAGGCGCCGGCCCCAGCACCAGCACCAGCACCAGCACCAGAGCCGGCGCACGACCGUGUGACGAAUGGUCAUCUAGUGGAGGAGCCCCCGAAAACCCGCACGAGCGAGACUAAUGGCGACGAGGCAAUGGAAGUCGAUGAGGCCGAGAGCAAACCGGCUAGCCCACAUCCACAUGCGCCCGAUGUGGAUGGCGACGGGGAUGUUAGCAUGGGAGCCAUGGAGCCCGAAGAGUUGCCUCAGGAACCCACUCUUAGCACGGGCAGCAGCGUGGGUAUCCAGAUCUCCCCCGCCAAGGCUGCCGAUUUGACACCGGAUACCGCCUUGCUGGAUGAAGAUCACGUGCUCUCCGCAAGCUGGCGCCCACGUGAUCCCUCCUUGCUGGUGGCCGCGGGAGAUACCUUCUGUAGCAUUUGGAAGUUGUCUUCAACGUCGGCGCCUGUUCAAAAUAAGUUUUUGAACCUCAAGGGCACGGGUGCAUAUGUAUCCGCGGUGGCGUGGGAUGGAUUCGGUGCCAAACUGGCCGUGGCCUCCUUCCGAGACAUGAAGGGAAAUGUGACCAUGUAUAAUGCAGAGGGUAACGUGGUAGAUUUGUUACCGGACCUCCCUCGCGUGAUCAGUGGGUUACACUGGGCGGAAGACAGCCCAAAAUUGGUGAUUGUGGCGUCUGAUGAACGCACCUCCGAAUUGGCUCUGUGGGAUGACAACCGACGACCUGACGUAUACCCGCCGCCUCAGGUUAUCGACAACCAGAUCUACGAUCUUGCAUGGUGUGGACGCAAUAAGAUACUCGCGUGUGGCAAUGGCGCCGUUUACGAAUGUGAGGUGGACAACAACAUUCGCCUGACCAAGACGUAUACCUCGCAGCAGGCGGACACGGAGUGGACGUUCCUCCGCUGCGCCCAUACUGCAAACUAUUCUGUGGCGGUCACGGCGAGCGCUGCAAAAGCGUCGAUCUGGAUUCCCACUCACGAUAUUCUGAUUGAAAAUGCUCACCAAGAUGCCAUCACCGCUAUCGACAUCCAGCCUCAGUCGGCGUUGCACACAAAACAAGGAAACGCCAACAUCACCAUCGCUUCAUACUCUGCCGAUAGUACAGUAAGAGUAUGGCAGGUGGACCUGGAAUCGAAACAAUACACUUCCGUCCAUCGUUUGCGUCUCGGCGCCUCAAUACCCGCCCUUACCGGCAGUUUCUCUCCAGAUGGAUAUGCUCUGGGGGCUGUCAGUAAAGAUCAAGUUUUUAUCUGGAAUGUGGAGCGCGGUGGCGAUCCCAUGGCCACAUGGAAAGCCCCAAGCGCGGCGCAGGUCAAGGAAGACCCUGACCGCGCAACGAAUGGGCAGAAUGGCCACGGACCAGCAACCCCAGAUCGUGCUUUAUCUUGGGACCCCGAUGGCAAAAAGCUCGCUUGCGGCUUAGGAAAUCAAAUGGCUAUCGUGAAUCUCCAGCGGUGACAGUGCUAGCAGUGGCACCAUAAUUUUGACAGAUGCUGGGUAUUUUCUUGGGUGUUCUUCGCAUUCGCCAUAAUUGCCGCUCAGUUGCCUGUUAUUCCCGACCACAUGACUCUAUAGUCGGUCUAUCUGAUCAUCUUACUUUGAACCCUGAACAGCGGGUCUUGAUCUUGGGACUUUUGCCACGCCUUCCUUCAGUCCCAUUCUCUCUGCGCCCAUGCGACUGCCAACCUAGUCGCCUUGGGAAUAAUUCUCCACCCAGAGGCCUCGAAAGAUAGUCCUGGACGACGCAUACGGCACGAAGGGCAAACCCUUCGAUUUCACCCGACCGAAAGGCGGAUGCAGUCAUGGCCUCUUGUCUUCCGCUCCUUUCUCUACAUAUUUUCUGUGAACAUAUAACGUUGUUGAUUUAGAAGAUGCAUUAAGUCAUACAUUUGCUUUGGGAACUAGGUUGGGU